CAUCCAUAGUGUGCGAUGUCAUAUCCAAUGAUAUUCUCCCACGUCAUCGUAGUACAGCAAAGCAUCGUAGGUGAAUUACGUCAUAAAAACACCGUCGGAAAAUUCGGUGGAAGAAAAAAAGAAAGAGAAUUUUUACAGACCCGAACCCGAACCUUCGAAUUGGUGGCGAUGUCCAAAAUUAUCCGGUACGGCGCGGCGUUCUGCGCCCUUUCCGCCGUCCUUCUGCUGAGCGUGGUGAGCCGCGUAUCGGCGCUGUCGGUGACGGUGAGCGACGUCGAGUGCUUAUACGAAUACGUUUUCUACGAGGGCGACACCGUUUCAGGGAACUUCGUCGUCGAAGAUUACCACUGGAACUCCGAUCCCCCCGGCGUCGAUUUCACUGUGACAUCUCCUGGUGGUAGUGUUGUGCAUGAUUUGAAGGGGUCGUCUGGUGACAAAUUUGAGUUUAAGGCCACGAAACUUGGAAUGUACAAAUUUUGUUUCCACAACACUCAUUCUACACCCGAAACAGUCUCUUUCAACAUUCAUACUGGCCAUAUUCCCACUGAACAUGACCUAGCCAAGGAUGAACAUUUGGACCCUGUUAAUGUCAAAAUUGCUGAACUGAGGGAGGCUCUGGAAUCAGUUACCCUAGAGCAGAAGUAUCUGAGAGCACGUGAUGCUCGUCAUCGCCAUACAAACGAGAGCACAAGAAGGCGCGUGAUAUACUACACAGUUGCAGAAUACCUUCUGCUGGCUGCUGUGAGUGGGCUUCAGGUUUUCUACAUUCGUCGUUUGUUCAGCAAAUCCGUAGCAUACGGUCGUGUUUGAUUGAAGUUCUUCAACUGGGCUGGCUAGUUUACUUGUCUUUAAUUAAGGUUUCUCAAUGUUUUUAGCAGACAGAAGUUAGAAAGAAACAUAGAGAGGUUUCGUGUAAUGAAAAUUUGACAAACCUUGUUCCUUAGAAUCACAGUGCAGGAUUACAUAUUUGGCAAUACAGGAUCUGGAUAAAUGUUAUUAAAUUAUUUUAUUAAAAAAAUUGGGGUAUUACUGACAUUUCU